CACAAUUGGCGCGCUGACAGGAAGACCCGUACCCACAAGCAACCACCAUGAGCCGUCCAAACGAUUGAAAGGCAAGGCAAGAAAACAGGCGCGUGAGAAUAAAUCUUCCUCUGUUGCCCCAACUUCUGCAACCCCCAAACUUCCCACGCACACAAUUGCAGCCAAAGAAUUUGUCAGUUUGGCAAACUAUAUUGCCGCCACCACCAAUCCUCCCGUCAAUAUUCCGGCGAGCAUCAUGACAGUCCUAGACCGGGCUAUUUCCAUUCGACGUGAUCAUGGGACACAAGUCACUUCUCAUCUUCCCAGGGACGCCAAAUCCAAAGCAGCCGAUGACCGACACAGUCAUUUCAUUGAGAUACUGGAACAUGUCCGGGAUGUCCUGCAUUCUCAAAUGGGGAGUGACCAAGUGAAGGGUCCUUUAAGUAAACCAGUUGGGGAAGAGCCACCCACAAUCUUGAAGAAUGUGACAAACAAGUUUGACCACCUUGAGGUUCAGGAGCCAUCUGAAGGGAUUCACCAUGCUCCAAAUCUUACUCCUACAUCCAGCACCAAAGCGAAGCAGGAGGUUACCUUUGAAGCAGAACAUCUCCAGGAUUUUGAAGAGGCUUACCUUGGCUUUAAUCUCCUACUUCAUGACUACCACAAUCUCCGAACAGUCAUUCUGCGUACAUGGGAAGGAUAUCAAUCUGGAGUAGUCGACCUGGUGUGCGCUUCUCUCAUGACCAACGCAGCAAUUGACAUUGCCAGGCGAAUGCAAGGAGAUGUCGAGCAGCUCUAUGACAAAUACGGCGGAUCCGGGGAGAUGUUAGGCGCCUCCUACGCAGCCACUUUAGCAAACUUCUUUUCCACCCAGGAUCAGCCUACCACGUGACACAACAGCAGGGCACAGCACACGAUGACUCCGGGCCGUCCCGUUAGCAAAUGCAUCUUCUGCAGCCCAGGGAUGAACACGACUCUUCCUUCUGGCA